CUCUUUUCCUGUGUGCCUAGCGUAUUCUGGGAUCUGUACUGCGCCGCCCCGGACCGGAGGGAGACAUGCGAACAUUCCAGCGAGGCCAAGGCCUUCCACGAUUAUAGUGCGGCCGCAGCCCCCAGUCCAGUGAUGGGCAACAUGCCGCCCAACGAUGGCAUGCCGGGAGGACCCAUGCCUCCAGGUUUUUUUCAAGGUCCCCCAGGAUCUCAACCCUCCCCCCAUACGCAGCCUCCCCCACACAACCCCAGCAAUCCCAUGAUGGGUCCUCACGGGCAGCCAUUCAUGUCGCCGCGGUACCCAGGUGGUCCGAGACCCACGCUCCGCAUGCCAAACCAGCCACCAGGGAGCAUCCCUGGAUCACAACCUCUCCUGCCAAACAGCCUGGACCCCACCAGACCUCAAGGACAUCCAAACAUGGGCGGUCCAAUGAGAAUGAAUCCCCCUCGAGGAAUGGGCGGCAUGGGUCCACAGAAUUACGGUGGGGGGAUGAGGCCUCCUCCAAACUCCAUGGGGCCUGGAAUGCCGGGCAUGAACAUGGGUCCUGGCGGCAGAGGUCCAUGGCCGAACCCCAACAAUAACUCAAUAGCUUAUUCGUCUUCAUCUCCGGGCAACUACGUGGGCCCCCCGGGGGGAGGAGGUCCACCAGGAACUCCCAUCAUGCCGAGUCCAGGAGAUUCAACAAACUCGAGUGAAAACAUCUACACAAUGAUGAACCCCAUCGGCCCAGGUGGAAACAGACCUAAUUUCCCAAUGGGACCAGGGCCAGACGGGCCCAUGGGUGGCAUGGGCGCCAUGGAACAGCACCAUAUGAACGGCUCGCUAGGCUCCGGUGACAUGGACGGGUUGCCAAAGAAUUCUCCCAACAACAUGGCAGGCAUGAACAAUCCCCCUGGCACUCCGCGGGAUGACGGCGAGAUGGCAGGCAACUUUUUAAACCCAUUCCAAAGUGAAAGUUAUUCACCCAACAUGACGAUGAGUGUGUGAUUCCGUUUUUUUUUUUAUUUUAUCUUUUAUUUUACUUUUUCAUCUCCCUUUUAUUCUUCCCCUUCACCCACGGUGCGUCUUGCAUUGCCCUCCUCCCUUGCCCCCCUUUUUCCUCCCUCAUCGGUGUGGAUCGGCGUGCAGCCCCUUGGAAUGCCCAUGGACAGCAGGACCCCCCUCAAGGGUCCCCAUCCCAACGUCUGUAAAAUGGGUGUACGAACAUGAGACUUUCUUCCUCACCUGCUGCGACCACUCCCCCAUCCCUCCUCGUCAUGAGCCUUGGAGCACCCCCCUCACCCCCUCCACCCCAAAUAUCUAGAUAUCAACCCCAGUCCAUUCAACCAGUCAUGAAGCUCAACAAUGGCGGAAAUAAUAAGCACAGGCCCCCCAAUAUGUGCAACUUUAUUUUAUUUUUUUGUCUCUUGGCGAAUCUCUUGUCAAAUCUUGACGUGUUUUGCUGCAUUUAAGACCUUCUCAGAAACGGGAAGUAAGCUUUCAGUUGAAAAGAAAAAAAAUAUAUACCGGCCAGUAUUUCCUUUAUUUUUGUUGUUUUUAAAGAUAGAUAUACUUGUACAUUAUGAUGACAUACAUACAUGAUGUACCAUGGAUAUAAAAAGCCUACUGGAACAUCCGAAUUUAAUUUGGAGUUAAUCUGGGGCACUUCAAAUGGGGAUAGGUGUGUACUGACUCCCAUUUAACAUGAGUUUAAAUGCGAUUGCUUGAUUCUGAACACAACCACGUCCCAAUUAUAAGAGGGUGUGCACACUUUUGCAACCAUAUUACCUCAGUUGUUUAAGUUGAAAAGAUAAACAAACUAAAUAAAUACAUUGAAAUGAUUUAUGUCACGUUAGUGGCCGAAUGAGUUUGGAAAUUACUUAUCAUAGAUUGGUGUUUUUAUCUUACAAAAAAAAAAAAAACCCUCAGAUUUGGACAGAGAUAUGUAGACUUUUUAUAUGCACUGUACAUCCAAGGCACAUUGUGAUUUCCGCCAAGUUUGUAAGUAGCAACUUUGACUUGUAGCAGCUUUUUUCUGGUCUGAGGUCAUACGUUUCCAGUUUUCCCAUUUCAUGCAGUACAUAUACCUUCAGUCAAAUCAAGGUUGAGUCUUUUCGAGGUGAGCCAUUCAUCCAUGAGCAGAUUUGAUCUUAUGUGUAAACAUUUAACCCCAAUUGUUGUUCUUUUGUUCUUUGAUGCAUACAGUUGUGCCUGUAAAUCUUUGAAAUGUGUUUUUUACACCCCCAAAUCUGUUUGUUUGUUUUUUUGGUUAGUUUCAACUUGACCUAUUUUCAAUUCAGGACUUAUCGUUGUUAUUUGGACUGGAAGUCAAUUGUGAAAGGAGUAUUAGCGCCACACUGUCAAGAAAUUAUUCAUUCAAAAAUUUUCAGAAUUUUAAGAGACAAACGUUAAAAUGCUCUGACCAAAAUAAUAAUCUUACUUGAAUAAAGUUAUAAAACGAUGAGAAUGAAGUCAUAAUAUUCAAAACAUAAACCUGUGUCAACAGAGGGAACUGUUGAGGAUCGGGUCAGUUUACACUGGUGUGUGAUUUUCAGUUUUCAACUUCUUGAAAAAAAA